AUGAGAUGCCGCUUGCCAGUCCGAUGGGACCGACUCAUUUCUUCCUGCCCAGAUUUUCAUAGCUUGAGCCAGUCUAGGCACAGCACCACGACAGGAGCGCAAAACACCACAGACACCCAACCAGCUGCCCGUGCCUCGGGUUUUCAGGCAUUGAGAAGGAGGAACGAAGCCAUUAAAAAGGAGGACGGCAAGGUCAACAACAAGUCUCAUGCUAAUCAUCGAACCAUUCUGGGUCAAAGUCCUGAACUACCCAUCAGAGCCCGUUUUGCGCCAUCCCCAACCGGUUACCUACACCUAGGGUCUCUCAGAACGGCCUUGUUCAAUAGCCUGGCGGCUAAAGCAUCGUACCGCGGCGCCUUUAUUUUGCGAAUCGAGGACACCGACCAAAGUCGUCUCGUCGGCGAUGCGGAGGAGAGACUGAUCAAGGAUCUCCAAUGGGCAGGGCUUUCCUGGGAUGAAGGUCCCGACUGUGGCGGUCCAUACGGGCCUUAUAAGCAAUCGGAGAGGCUUGCGACCUACCAGAGUCACGUUCAGACUCUGCUCGACCGCGGUCACGCCUAUCGUUGCUUUUGCACUUCCGAGCAGCUGGAGUCGCAGAAGCGGGAGCUUCACGAGGCUGGGAAAUCCACUGCCUAUCCCGGAACAUGUCGACACAUCGAUUCUGCCGACUCUGACAGACGGGCUGGCCAGGGCGUUCCUUAUGUCGUGCGUUUCAAAGGCGCCGAUUUUGGCACGCUCAAGUUCCGCGACGCUAUUUACGGUUUGUUUCAGAAGAAGGAUGUCGAGGAGGAUUUCGUUUUGCUCAAGACGGACGGCUUCCCAACCUAUCAUCUCGCAAACGUUGUCGACGACCACUUGAUGAAGAUCACGCACGUAAUUCGAGGAGAAGAAUGGUUGAUCUCUACACCAAAGCACUUGGCUCUUUACAAAGCGUUUGGAUGGGAACCGCCGACAUUUGCCCAUCUGGGCUUGCUGGUCAACCCUGACGGUAGCAAAUUGAGCAAGCGCAACGACAGCGUCAAUCUGUCCACAUAUCAAGCUAAACGGGUUUUCCCCAUGGCCCUUUUGUCAUGGAUAGCCAACCUGGGCUCAUCCUUCAGAUCAAAUACGAACGCGCCUCGAACCAUUUCGGACAUCUCCGACGCUUUGACCUUCAAGUUUACCCGGGGCGGCAUCAGACUCAACCCUGGAAAACUAGACCACUUUGAAGCCCAAUACUUGGAUGCCAUUCUGUGGGACACAGUACCAGAGCUCUCUGAAAUAGAAACAAACCUUCUCAACGCCAACGUUAUUCAACCUAUGCUGCAAAAUAUUGAUUCUAUGACUGGGGGCGACCAAGAAUUACAGAGACUACUACUGCCGGAAGCAUGGCGUGGGCCAUUGAUUCCCCUUCCUGCAUUAGAAAGCAAAGCCAGAGAAUCGUAUAUUCGCAGCGCCUGCGCCAGCAAAAGAGGUGUAUUUUUGUCCACGGAGAUGCUCCUGCGUCACCACCCUUAUCUUCUCUGGCGAGUGCCAGAAACGCUGUACAGGCUAUCACUGGCAUCGUACCAUCCUGACCCGCGAAUUCUUCAAGCUCUGCACGACGCCAUCGAGAACAAGGACCUAUGGGAUUCCGAAGGAGUAAAAGUAAUGGACGCGAUCUGGGCCGCUCUCGACGGUCAAGACAUGGACAAGCUCGCUGUUUACCACACGCUCAGACUUGUCGGAGCAGGAGCCCACGAUGUGAUUUCGCAAAGCAGUUCCCGAAUGUUUGCGCUUCUUGGUCGAGACGAGUGGCGGCUUCGGCUCGACAUGGUCAAGAGGGUUCUCGAUGCUUAG